GUCACGUGUCCUUUUCACUCCCCCAUGCCUUACCUUUUACACAAUAGUUCUUUGCAACGAGUACACCAACCCUUUCUUUUCCUAUAGCUUCCAGCUGUACUCUGAGUCAGACAGCUAUUGAAACUGACACCUACAGGGUUAAACCUAGCUGCUGGAGCCACCCCUCCUCCCCCCAGCCCCUUUUCACUGUGGGCUGGCAGUGAUCCUAACUGCUUACUGGAGCCAAAUGCUUGAGGAGAGAGAAAGGAGCCAGCCAUGAACCCUUUCCAGAAAAAUGAAUCCAAGCAAACUCUUUUUUCACCUGUCUGCACUGAAGAGGUACCACCUAGACCUCCCAGCCCUCCAGAGAAGCCAUCACCGAAAAUCUGUGGCUCCAGCUACCCAGUGAGCAUCGCCUUCAUUGUGGUGAAUGAAUUCUGUGAACGCUUUUCCUAUUAUGGCAUGAAAGCUGUGCUGACUCUGUAUUUCCUGUAUUUCUUGCACUGGAAUGAAGACACCUCCACAUCUGUAUACCAUGCCUUCAGCAGCCUCUGCUAUUUUACUCCUAUCCUUGGAGCAGCCAUUGCCGACUCAUGGUUGGGAAAAUUCAAGACAAUCAUCUAUCUUUCAUUGGUGUAUGUGCUUGGCCAUGUGUUCAAAUCUUUGGGUGCCAUUCCAAUCCUGGGAGGAAAAACAUUACAUACAAUUCUAUCAUUGGUUGGCCUGAGUCUAAUAGCUCUGGGGACAGGAGGUAUCAAACCUUGUGUAGCAGCUUUUGGUGGAGACCAGUUUGAAGAAAAACAUGCAGAGGAACGGACUAGAUACUUCUCAGUCUUCUACCUGUCCAUCAAUGCAGGAAGUUUGAUUUCUACUUUUAUCACACCUAUGCUAAGAGGUGAUGUGCAAUGUUUUGGGGAAGACUGCUAUGCAUUGGCUUUUGGAGUUCCAGGAUUACUCAUGGUAGUAGCCCUCGCUGUGUUUGCAAUGGGAAGCAAGAUGUACAGAAAACCACCUCCAGAAGGAAACAUAGUGGGUCAGGUUAUCAAAUGUAUCUGGUUUGCUAUUUCCAAUCGCUUCAAAAACCGUUCUGGGAAUGUUCCGAAGCGACAGCACUGGCUGGACUGGGCAGCUGAGAAAUACCCAAAGCAGCUCAUUAUGGAUGUGAAGGCUCUAACUAGGGUCCUGUUUCUUUAUAUCCCAUUGCCCAUGUUCUGGGCUCUUUUGGAUCAACAGGGCUCACGAUGGACGCUGCAAGCCACCAAGAUGAAUGGGGAUUUGGGUAUUUUUGUGCUUCAGCCGGACCAGAUGCAGGUACUAAAUCCCUUUCUGGUUCUUAUCUUCAUCCCAUUGUUUGACCUUGUCAUUUAUCGUCUGAUCUCCAAGUGUGGAAUUAAAUUCUCAUCACUUAGGAAAAUGGCUGUUGGUAUGAUCCUUGCAUGCCUGGCAUUCGCAGUUGCAGCAGUUGUAGAGAUAAAAAUAAAUGGAAUGACCCAACCCCAUCCUGGUUCCCAAGAAGUUUUCCUCCAAGUCUUGAACCUGGCAGAAGAUGAAGUACAUGUGACUGUGCUAGGAAAUAGAAAUAACUCAUUAUUGAUGGAGUCCUUCGAACCCUUUCAGAAAACAAUACAUUAUUCCAAACUGCAUCUGAAUACAAAAAGCCAGGAUUUCUACCUCCAUCUGAAAUACCGCAAUUCAUCUGUCUACACUAUGCUUCCUGUGGAGGAGAAGAACUGCUAUAGUUUGAUCAUUCGUGAAAAUGGGAAAAAUAUUUCCAGCAUGAUGGUAAAGGAUGUAGCAAACAAAACCACUAGUGGGAUGACAGCCAUCAGGUUUAUUAACACUUUGCAUAAAGAUGUCAACAUCUCCCUGGAUACAGAUAUUCCUCUCAAUGUUGGUGAAGAUUAUGGUGUGUCAGCUUACAGAAAUGUGCCAAGAGGAGAAUACCCUGCAGUGCAUUGUAAAAUGGAAGAUAAGGACUUUUUUCUGGAUUUGGGUCUACUGGACUUUGGUGUAGCAUAUCUUUUUGUUAUUAAAAAUGUCACUGGCCAGGGUGUUGAGGCUUGGAAGACAGAAGACUUCCCUGCCAGUAAACUGUCCAUUGCGUGGCAACUACCACAAUAUGCCCUGGUUACCGCUGCUGAGGUCAUGUUCUCUGUCACAGGACUUGAGUUUUCUUAUUCUCAGGCUCCAUCUAGCAUGAAAUCUGUACUCCAGGCAGCUUGGCUGUUGACAGUUGCCAUUGGGAAUAUCAUCGUGCUUGUUGUGGCACAGUUCAGUGGCCUGGUACAGUGGGCUGAAUUCAUUUUGUUUUCUUGUCUACUGAUGAUCGUCUUUUUGAUCUUCUCCAUCAUGGCCUACUACUACAUUCCUGUAAAGUCAGAGGAUAUCCAUGGGCUAACAGAGAAGCAGAUUCCCCAUAGCCAAGGAAACUUGGUCAACCUAGAGACCAAGAGUACAAAGCUCUGAUGACUCCCUGGACUGACCUCAAUUCCGGGCCCUGAUCUCAACCAUCACUUAUCUUCAAGCAUUUUUUUUCUCCUACUGAGUAGGAGAAAGGUCAUAGAGAGGUAGUAUCAUGCCUUCAUCAUUCUUCCAUGAUGGAGACAAUUCUGAAACUGGGUUUACUAGCAUAUCUUUAAACAAGGCCCCAUGAUUCUGUGUUUUCCUGGGCAGUGAUGAACUCAAUAAACCUUGUGUAAAGUUGCUCAAGCUGGCCUGAUGUCUCCAAAUGGCCAUGAAAACACAAUGUAUGAUUGAGAUUAGUCUCAUUCUAUAUGCAAAGUUAUAGGAGAUUACUGUCUACCCAAAUUCUUACCAUUUAAAACUGACUAUUCCACUUUCUGAGGCACUGGUUUAGAGGCAAAAGGGCAGGAUAGUAAUGUGUGAUUCCAAGUUUCUUUACUAUCACUGUAAUUCUGUUAUUUACAGGACUUCAAGAAUAGUAUUUAUGGUAUGAUUUGGUCCAAGGUCUGUCUUGUCAGCUCUCUAAGUCUGGUAUCAUCUUAGACAGUCUAAGACAGAAUGCUGUUUUAUUAACACACAGAAGACAUGCCCUUCUGAUUCCUGUAGUAUUUUAUCUACUCACCCAAACACCUUUUCCUUGAACACUGAUAGAUCUUGAAAACCAUAUUAAAGAGAGUAAACAUAGGUGAAGGGAAUAAGAGCAAUAUAAAUUGUAGAACUCUGGAUAAGCCAUUCAUUUUUCUUCAGUGCAAGGAACUGUGCUAUUUCUGUCCUGGUAUACCCUUCUCUGGAUGGCUUUGUAAGACAGUAACUAUAAUUUUGCAACCCAGCCUUUUCAGUAUUGCCAAGGCAGCUUUUUGUUAUUCUGAUUACAUUUGUCAUCUUUGCUUAUUGCAACAAUUCUUCAAUAACAAAAUGCUGUCAAGAGUUCAGCUUCCUUUUUACAUUCUUCCAGUGCCUCAAAGUACAUUUGUUUUGCAGUGUUUUCCUGCUUACUUUCUCCAUAGUUUUUAAUGGCCAUUUCUUCCUUUAGUCUUGGAAAUUUCUUGUUUAUUCCAAAAGGACACUACUAAUGCUCUAGGUUUAAGGCCCUAAAUGGUAGUUUUCAAUAAAGCAGCACGAUCCUGCAUUAGAAUCCUAUUAAAAAUCUGUGUGAGCAUGGGGGGAGUACAGCCGGUGGGAUAGCUGUAUGUGUGAAUGAAGGUGGGCAACAUUACCUUGCAUUUAAUGAGUGAAUUAGGAGGACAGGGCUGGGCACAAUUGUUCAGGGUGUUUGCUAAGGG